GCAAAUCUGACGACGCAAAUGUCAGGUUGUUUCAUCAAAAAACACGCAAGAGACGUACGUCGCUCCAAGCACAGUCUCAUACCUAAUAAUCCACACCAGCCAUUGCAAGAGUCCUACCGACUGUCACGGCUUACAAGAAUCCCCAGUACCGAAUCUUGUCAAAUCCAUGGGCCCGCAUGAUAUUCAGCAUGUCCCUCGCAACCAACGCCGUGCCAACGUACGGCGUAGACCGUCUGGUUCACGAGCGUCCCGAACACCUGGGCCUUGGCCCACAACCGUGGCACGGCGUCGGCCAUCGUGUUCGGCGCGGGAUCCUCCAGUGCGCGCAGGCGCCACGUUGCGUCCUCGGCUUAGCCCUCGAAGACGACAAAGGGUAGGGUCAUGCGCGAGACGCCACUACUGCCUGUCAGACUCGGGAUGAAGGUAAGAGUGAUGGAUACGACGCACUGCGGGUCGAAGCCGACGAUGUCGAAUUCGUCGCUAAUGGGCUUCUGGAAGGUGGCACCCAGCCCGACGACGGAGCCGACGCCCGAGCCACCGGGGCCGCCUGUAGCGCGCAGCACCCAUGAAUAAGCGGAAGUAGCACAGAAGCGUGACUACAUGGCUCAUACCAGGGUUGAAGAGGAUCGGGCCUUUGUAGUUCUUGUCGCCCGGGAAGAACUCGUGAUACUUUCUUUGGCGCUACGGGCACAGCGGUAUAAUGUUUCCACCUCCUGAGAACAUCAGCCUAAGCUGCCAUCGAUAACUUAUCAGUGGUGUGUAGGUCACUGUUCUAAGAGAACCCCGCGGCUAUGGACACCCGAACGUGGUGUAUUACAGCGGCACUUUCUCGUUGGCAUAGCCCAUUUUUACUCAGUCAUCAAGCACUCCAGGCCACAAACAACAUCGUGUCAAGUACACCUAUACGCGUAUGUAGGUAGCGUUCGAACCCUUUGACAUAUCUAGCGCACUAACCACUGAGUUUGCGAAUUUCCAUCGAGUAUCAAUGAUCCCAACUUCCAGCUGUCCUCACCCAAAGUGGCUGUUGGAGCUCAUGCCCAACCGGCAAUGUAUUGUGCUUGUUUGUGCCCUCAGUAUGCCAGGUGUCAGAUAUUCUGCGAUGCAACUGACGUUUAGACGGGAGCUUAUACGUAGGUUUCCGUGCUUUUGACUUCGCCAUGUGCACACCCAGUGCAGCGCGAGUACAAAUGCACGGGACGCUGGUGGUCAUCAGUGCCGCGCUCUUCCUUCACCCGAUCAGCCAAGGCUCCCAAGGCUCUUGGGACGUAUGUUCCAGACAUCCUCGAAGACGGUGUUGACCGAUCCCGGUACAUUCGCGGGUGACGCAGCAGUGCAGAACUAUGUUUGUGCGGCGAUGAUGACUCUCAUACUCUGGGACCAUGUGAUCACGCUCUCAGGGGAGAUCCGCUUCAUCUGGCGACGAAAGCUGUCGUUGGUCACUGCUCUUUUCAUCAUAAAUCGGUAUGGCGUACUUGUGUACGGCGCUCUUGCGAUUGCUACGGAGUUCGUGGACGGUCAAGCUGUCCGUCCCUUGGCCAUCAAUCAGGAUUUCUUGCACACAGCUCACGUUAUAUACCACAGCUGUACUUACUUGACUCGAGUCACGGAGACUAUGGUCCUGCUGCUGAUGUUAUUGUUUGGCAUCUGCUCUGCACUCCGAACAUACGCUCUCUGGAACAAGAAUCUACAGCUCUUCCUAGUUGUCCUCACGUUAAACCUGAUCCCAUUUGGCGCCAACCUUUACCUAUACAUUUCUGUGACACCUAUAACAACCAGGGUUACGACAACAGUAUCGUGUCUCUCAUAUAUGCCCCUAACGGGUCAUGAGCAAAUACAGUUGAUAGCUGCAGCGCGAGUGUCAACCAUACUAGUAGACAUCAUCGUGUUAUCUGUGACGUUGAUCAAAACCUUCGAGACUCAAAGGGUAGCGAACAGGUUGCACGUGCAGGUUCCGCUCACCACUAUGUUGAUUCGUGACGGCACGAUAUAUUUCUUGACAGUCCUGUCGAUGAACAUCGCCCAAUUGGUCGUGUUUCACACAACGGAACAAGUCUACCUUAUCUCCUUCAUCUGCACCGUUACUGCGAUCCUGGUAUCGCGUUUCUUCUUGGACCUUCGCGAGACCGCGACAGGCGGGCUGGAGUAUAAUACCUUCAGACCGGACGACUCCUGUGAGCGGACGACGCCCCUAGGCCGUGACCUCGAGGAAUUAGUGCUAGACACACCGAUUAUCACAGAAUGCGGGUCUACCUCUGACUCGCACGAGACCCCCGGGGGUAUACAGGAGGUAUGGGGACGAGUUGCACCUCAAAUGCGCAUGCUCGUUGAGAAUCAAUACUACCAGGUUCUGCGGGACAAUGCAGCCACUCCGUGACUGGGUGAUGCAUGGUGAUUGACGAGCCCAACAAGUCCGUCGGAGUUUACAGGCAUAUCUUUAUCUUAGAGCGUUAUUAAUUCUGUCGUGAUCGCCUGCGCUGGUCAUCGCAGCACCCGGCGUGCAGAGCGGGACCUGAGCACUUCCUUUUGCUCAGGCGAUGGGCUGGGCCGUUCAUCUCAGGACACUGAGAAAGUGCCGUUCACGAACCUUGCGUGGUCUGUAGACCUCUCAUCAGAACCGCCUUCAAAUUUGGGCCCUCCCUGUAGGUUCAACUGAGACAAGAUUAGCAUGAAGAAGUUUCGAUCCAGGGGACCAGUAUCAAUCGACCAUUUAUCCCUCAAGAAGCCAGUCCCCACGGAGUUCGAGAAAUCAGUUUCGCUCACUUCUUCCAGAUGCGAUCAGAACCGCUACCAGCCUUGAGCUUAACGAGGUCGGCAACCCUCUCGCCUAUAGCAUAACAUGAUGCAGCCUGUAAACCACCGCUUCAGCGACGAAUCUUCGCCCGGCGCAAGCGAACUGCUCACCGUACGGUCUGCUCACAUGGCGAGACAUCAGCGUUGUAUAUGCUGUCCGUUUCAAUGCUGUAUUGUCAUUCUCUGCACCAUACACAUUGCAGAACGAACAUCCUUUCCAUCUGU